AUGGAGGAACCACAUUUUCAGGUGGUAACUCCACCGCCAUUGCCAGUUGAGGAACCACCUCAACAACCACCACAACCACCUCCCGAGCCACCAAGGCGGAGGAGGAAUGCACAGAUGUCUGUGCGAGGGGGACUGAGAUUCAGUUCCCCACAAGCUUCAAGCACUUACCCUCCAAUCCCUGAAGAUCCACAAAUAGGUGGACCUUCUCAUGCGGUGCCGGAAAAUUAUCCCCCGCCAUUUACCUAUGCACCACCGUCACCGCCUAUGGGUUAUGAAAACCCAAUACGUACUUACCCAGGUUCCUCUGGGUAUAACUCGUUUGAAUAUCAAGCUCCUACAGAUUAUGAAUAUCAAGCCCCUGCCCAUGAUCCAUAUCUUGAGGCAGCUCACUUUAAUGCUCUUUAUCCCUCACCGUUUCCACCAGCAUACCCAACUGGGUAUCCCGUGCAAGGUAUUCAAAUCAUGGCUGGCUCCAAUGAAGCUAAUAGUCAUCCAGUGGAAGGAAACAAUAAUGAUACUAGGAUAAAUGUUACUGGUGUUGAAUUACAAGCUAUGAUAAACACAGCAGUUGCUCAAGCGUGA